AUGUGCCGGGCGCGGCGGCGCGGCGGCGGGCGGCUCCCGGCCCUGCUGCUGCUGCUGCUGCUCGGCGGGGCGGCGGGGCUGGGCCGCCUCUCCGGGCCCGUGUCCGGGAACAGCCCGGCGGGGAGGCGGCUGCGGGGCUUGCGGGGGCCGCUGCGGGGAACGCCGGGCCCCGGGGAGUGGGCGCUGGAGGGCGACGGCGACUCCCGCUUCUCCCUCCGCCGGCGGCGGCUCCUGCUGCUCCGCACGGCCGAGGGCCCGGACCGGGAGGCGCGGCCCGAGUACGGGCGGCGGCGGGCAGGACGGGACCCCCGGGAGGCGCUGCUGCGGGUCCGGGUCGUGUCCCGCAGCGCCCACCGGCCGCGCCUGCCCCCGGGGGUGGCCGAGCCGGGCACGGAGGUGGCCCGGCUCCGCGCCCUGGACGGCGUCGGGGAGGCAUCGGGGGCGCCGAGGCGCGUCCCGCCCAGCCGCCUGCUCGUCGUGGUGCCCGGCAGCGGGCGGGGGCUGACGGCGGGCUCGCUGCCGGGGCUGCCCCGGUGCCGCCGCCACGCCGCGGCUGGCGCCGGGGGGAGGCGGAGAGCGCGCUCGCUGCUGCCGCCGGGGACCGGCUCCCGCCGCUACACGGCCCGCCUGCCCCACGGGGCGCGGGUGGGUGACACCGUCUUCACCGUCCCGCGGAGCCGCGACCGGGCGGCGGGCGGCUGGUUCGAGCUGGCGUCUCCCGGUGCCGCCCCCGUGGGGGUCGACAGGGCGUCGGGGCGGCUCUACCUCCGGCGGGAGCUGCGGGCGGGCGGCCGGGCGGAGGUGCUGGUCAAGGUGCACCGCGGCGGCGGACGAGGUAGGGGCCGGGCCGGGCCGGGCCGGGCGGCGGGGAUGGGGCGCAUCCCCCCCCCCGGUGCUGCCCCCGGUGGGGGUGGAGGGUCGGCCCGCGGGAGGGGGGACGCUGAGCGGGCACGGCCGUGCCGGGCGCUUGUCACUCGAGGAGAGGCGGCGGCGCCGAUGCCGCUCUCCGUGGGGUGUGGGGAGCCGCGGGCGGGUGGGAGCUGCCCCCCGGGCCGGGUUUGGAGGCGUGGGGAUGUGCCGACUCCUCUCUGGUACCGCCUGCACCGCUUUCGCCUGUUUCCAUCUUUGAAGGAAUAG